UCUUUUGACUUCCGGCACGUUAACGGCACUAUGACUGAGAACUGGGAUGAGCCUGCUCCGGCAGUAGAAUUGCCAGAAAUCAAGCUCUUUGGCAAAUGGUCAUCAGAUGAUGUCCAAGUCAGCGACAUCAGUUUAACUGAUUACAUUGCUGUCAAAGAGAAGUAUGCAAAAUAUUUGCCACACUCCUCAGGCAGAUACCAAGUAAAGAGAUUUAGAAAAUCACAGUGCCCAAUUGUUGAACGCCUGACAUGUUCACUUAUGAUGCAUGGAAGGAACAAUGGAAAGAAACUCUUGACAACCCGCAUUGUGAAACAUGCCUUUGAAAUCAUUCACCUGCUCACAGGAGAGAACCCUCUCCAAGUUUUGGUGAAUGCCAUCAUCAACAGUGGCCCCCGUGAGGACUCCACUCGUAUUGGUCGUGCUGGUACCGUCAGGCGUCAGGCUGUGGACGUCUCUCCACUGAGGCGUGUCAACCAGGCCAUCUGGCUCCUGUGUACCGGGGCACGUGAAGCCUCCUUCAGGAAUAUCAAGACUAUUGCUGAGUGUUUGGCUGAUGAGCUGAUCAAUGCUGCCAAGGGAUCUUCAAACUCCCAUGCUAUCAAGAAGAAGGAUGAAUUGGAACGUGUUGCCAAGUCCAACCGAUAAAAUAUUUACUGUGCUUUCUGUGAACAGGAAAAUAAACUGUCAGGCUAAAAA